CCGUCGGCAUAGGGAUCGCAGGGAAAUGUAGUUUUGCCGGGCAGUCUGAGGCGGUGGCCGCAAAUCCCACGAACCCGGCUGCCCUGCGGACGUGGAUCUGGGAUGGCUGGGCCUGGCGUCACGGGUGGUUCGAUUGGGGCCGGAGCCCUGGUAGGCAGCGCGCGGUCCAAGGUGGCCCCGAGCGUGGAUUUUGACCACAGCUGCUCGGACAGCGUAGAGUACCUGACGCUCAAUUUUGGGCCCUUCGAGACUGUGCAUCGCUGGCGUCGCCUCCCGCCCUGCGACGAGUUCGUGGGCGCCCGGCGCAGCAAGCACACAGUGGUGGCUUAUAAGGAUGCCAUCUAUGUAUUUGGAGGAGACAAUGGGAAGACGAUGCUCAAUGACUUGCUGCGCUUUGAUGUGAAGGACUGCUCCUGGUGCAGGGCUUUCACAACUGGGACCCCUCCAGCACCCCGCUACCACCAUUCAGCUGUCGUCUAUGGGAGUAGCAUGUUUGUCUUUGGGGGCUAUACUGGGGACAUUUAUUCUAAUUCUAACUUGAAGAAUAAAAAUGAUCUCUUUGAAUACAAGUUUGCAACUGGCCAAUGGACCGAGUGGAAGAUUGAAGGACGGUUGCCAGUUGCCAGGUCAGCUCACGGUGCCACUGUGUACAGUGACAAACUCUGGAUCUUCGCUGGCUAUGAUGGCAAUGCCAGGUUGAACGACAUGUGGACAAUUGGCCUCCAGGAUAGGGAGCUCACGUGCUGGGAAGAGGUGGCCCAGAGUGGUGAGAUCCCACCUUCUUGCUGCAACUUCCCCGUGGCUGUGUGCCGUGACAAGAUGUUCGUGUUCUCAGGCCAGAGUGGGGCCAAGAUCACCAACAGCCUUUUCCAGUUUGAAUUCAAGGACAAGAUGUGGACUCGCAUUCCCACCGAGCACCUGCUCCGGGGUUCCCCUCCACCCCCUCAGCGUCGCUAUGGCCAUACCAUGGUGGCCUUUGACCGCCAUCUGUACGUGUUUGGGGGUGCAGCUGACAACACACUUCCCAAUGAGCUGCACUGCUAUGAUGUGGACUUCCAGACCUGGGAAGUGGUCCAGCCCAGCUCUGACAGUGAGGUUGGAGGGGCGGAGAUACCAGAGCGAGCAUCUGCUUCUGAAGAGGCACCUAGCCUGGCCUCCGAGGAGCGGGGAAGUGGCUUCAAGAAGUCCCGAGAAGUAUUUGGCCUGGACUUUGGCCCCACAACAGCCAAGCAGCUAGCUCAGCCAGCCUCAGAGCUGCCUAGCGGGAGGCUCUUCCAUGCAGCUGCUGUGAUCUCGGACGCUAUGUACAUCUUCGGGGGCACCAUGGACAACAACAUCCGCAGUGGGGAGAUGUACAGGUUCCAGUUUUCCUGUUACCCCAAGUGCACACUGCAUGAGGACUAUGGACGGCUAUGGGAGAGCCACCAGUUUUGUGAUGUGGAGUUUGUGUUGGGUGAGAAGGAAGAGUGUGUACAGGGCCAUGUGGCUAUUGUCACGGCACGGAGCCGCUGGCUGCGUAGGAAGAUUGUGCAGGCGAGGGAGCGGCUGGCCCAGAAGCUGGAGGAGGAAGCAUCCCUGGCUCCCCGGGAGGCUGCUGGUGGGGCUGUGGGGGGUACCCGGCCACCCCUGUUGCUGCCUGUGGCCAUCCGUGAGGCUGAGGCACGGCCCUUUGAGGUGCUCAUGCAGUUUCUCUACACAGACAAGAUCCAGUACCCACGGAAAGGCCAUGUGGAGGACGUGCUGCUCAUCAUGGAUGUGUACAAGCUGGCGCUGAGCUUCCAGUUGUGUCGCUUGGAACAGCUGUGCCGGCAGUACAUCGAGGCCUCCGUAGACCUGCAGAACGUGCUGGUGGUGUGUGAGAGUGCUGCCAGGCUGCAGCUGGGCCAGCUGAAGGAACACUGCCUAAACUUCGUGGUCAAAGAGUCCCACUUCAACCAGGUGAUCAUGAUGAAGGAGUUUGAGCGCCUCUCGUCGCCUCUCAUUGUGGAGAUUGUGCGGCGGAAACAGCAGCCACCCCCUCGUGCUCCUUCUGAUCAGCCUGUGGACAUUGGCACAUCUUUGAUCCAGGACAUGAAAGCGUACCUGGAAGGGGCGGGGGCAGAAUUCUGUGAUAUCACACUGCUGCUGGAUGGAUACCCUCGACCAGCCCACAAGGCCAUAUUGGCUGCCCGCUCCAGCUACUUCGAGGCUAUGUUCCGCUCCUUCAUGCCUGAGGACGGGCAGGUGAACAUCUCCAUCGGGGAGAUGGUGCCCAGCAGGCAGGCCUUUGAGUCCAUGCUUCGAUACAUCUACUAUGGCGAGGUCAACAUGCCUCCUGAGGACUCACUCUACCUGUUUGCUGCCCCCUACUACUAUGGCUUCUACAACAACCGGCUGCAGGCCUACUGCAAGCAGAACCUGGAGAUGAAUGUGACGGUGCAGAAUGUAUUGCAGAUCCUGGAGGCAGCUGACAAGACACAGGCGCUGGAUAUGAAGCGGCAUUGUCUGCACAUCAUCGUGCACCAGUUCACCAAGGUUUCCAAGCUGCCUACACUUCGGUUGCUGAGCCAGCAGUUGCUGAUCGACAUCAUUGACUCCUUGGCCUCCCAUAUCUCUGAUAAGCAAUGUGCAGAGCUGGGUGCUGACAUAUGAGG